AUGCCCUUUAACCUCAAACUCAAAGGCGGACAUACUCUCAGUGCCACAAAAUCUGGAGCCAACGACUUUAAGAUAUCAGUGCCAACCUGUUCCUUCGCUUUGUCAUUCGGUGGUCAAUAUGGAGGUAUUGUGACAUCUCUUGGCCACUGGCAGUAUGGAGGUGCUGGAAAGCUUACUGGAAUGUGUGGUGACUGCGAUGGAAUAACAGAUGCCUUGACUAGCUUCAAUAAUUAUCAGGUUCCCGAUGACUCGGAUGUGCCAUUAGUUAACUGUAAGAAGCGCGAGGAUCCAGUCAUCAAAUGUUCGGAUAAGAACAAUGCCCUCAUUGCAUCAGACACGUACUGCGGUUACAUCAAGUCAACCACUGGACCAUUCGCAGAGUGCAUCAAGAGCGGAAAGGUAGAUUGGAAGUCAGCCUAUGCUGCUUGCCAGAUAGAUGCUUGCGCUUUUGUGGACAAACCCGAGUCCAUUAAAGAAGUGAUAUGCGCUGAUGUGGGAGAAUUCGCCAGCGAAUGUCAGCUGAAUGGUUACCAACCUUCGAAGGUUUGGAGAACAACCACAUUCUGUCCAAUGAAGUGCCCUGCUAACAGCGUAUAUGAGUCCAAGAUGCGUCCAUGCCAACCGACGUGUAUCAAGCCCGAACCAAUCUUCUGUGAGGAUGAGUUGAUGGAAGGCUGCAAGUGUAAUAAAGGCUUCAUCCGAGAUGGUGAUUCGUGUGUCCCCGAGCAGUCAUGUGGCUGUUGGGAUGCAGACAAAAACUAUUACACGAUUGGUGAUGAGCGCAUAAGCUCCGACUGCACGACACUUUACAAGUGUAUCAAAGUAGGAUCAGUCGCCAAGCUAGGGUCCAGUGAGCUUAAACCUUGUGGCCAGGAUGCUGAAUGCAGACCUGGAGACAAAGGGGUAUAUACCUGUGGCUGCAAGAAAAGAUACCAAGGAGAUGGAUUCAAAUGCACGAAACAAUGCACAAAUGUUGCAAAGAGAUGGACGGGGGAUAAAUGUGUCAUCCGCUGCGCUCCAGAGGAGAUCUGGGAUGACACCAAGAAGAUCUGCACACCGAGGUGCACCGAGUCUCAGUUAUGGAACAUCCCGACCAAACGAUGUGUAGACAGGUGUAAACCUUCUGACAUGUUGAAGAAAGGAGACUGUGUUGCUCGUUGUACUCCACCGAAAUCAUGGGAUCUCAGAUUGAAGAGUUGUACAGAAAAAAUCUGCACCUGCAAGGCUUGGGGAGAUCCCCAUUACCAUCGUUACGACGAUUUUAACAGAAUGAUCGACUUCAUGGGUGUCUGCAAAUACGUCUUCUCCAAGACGACCAACUCUGACGUCGCGUGUUCCUUCUCCAUUGAGGUGAAGAACGAAUAUCGAGGCAACACAAUUGUGUCUUUCGGUAGGAUGAUGGACCUGAAGAUGGGAGGUUUCGUUGUCAGACUUCACAAGGACGGAUGGACUAGGGUCAGUGGCCUCACACAAAGAAUGCCCUUUAACCUCAAACUCAAAGGCGGACAUACUCUCAGUGCCACAAAAUCUGGAGCCAACGACUUUAAGAUAUCAGUGCCAACCUGUUCCUUCGCUUUGUCAUUCGGUGGUCAAUAUGGAGGUAUUGUGACAUCUCUUGGCCACUGGCAGUAUGGAGGUGCUGGAAAGCUUACUGGAAUCUGUAAGAAGAGCGAGGAUCCAGUCAUCAUAUGUUCGGAUAAGAACAAUGCCCUCAUUGCAUCAGACACGUACUGCGGUUACAUCAAGUCAACCACUGGACCAUUCGCAGAGUGCAUCAAGAGCGGAAAGGUAGAUUGGAAGUCAGCCUAUGCUGCUUGCCAGAUAGAUGCUUGCGCUUUUGUGGACAAACCCGAGUCCAUUAAAGAAGUGAUAUGCGCUGAUGUGGGAGAAUUCGCCAGCGAAUGUCAGCUGAAUGGUUACCAACCUUCGAAGGUUUGGAGAACAACCACAUUCUGUCCAAUGAAGUGCCCUGCUAACAGCGUAUAUGAGUCCAAGAUGCGUCCAUGCCAACCGACGUGUAUCAAGCCCGAACCAAUCUUCUGUGAGGAUGAGUUGAUGGAAGGCUGCAAGUGUAAUAAAGGCUUCAUCCGAGAUGGUGAUUCGUGUGUCCCCGAGCAGUCAUGUGGCUGUUGGGAUGCAGACAAAAACUAUUACACGAUUGGUGAUGAGCGCAUAAGCUCCGACUGCACGACACUUUACAAGUGUAUCAAAGUAGGAUCAGUCGCCAAGCUAGGGUCCAGUGAGCUUAAACCUUGUGGCAAGGAUGCUGUAUGCAGACCUGGAGACAAAGGGGUAUAUACCUGUGGCUGCAAGAAAAGAUACCAAGGAGAUGGAUUCAAAUGCACGAAACGUGGUAUGUCGAGCUGUGGCUCGUGGCUUCUUCUCGGACCUAGGAUCGAGUCCAAACCAAGCGGCCUUGGUGGCCUAACCCUAUCUACCGUAGGAGCCACAACUCUCACCACCGGCCCUGAAGGUAUCAACGCAUGGGUUUUCACCGCGCAUAACUACGUUAAGAUAACCAGUGACGGAAAGCUGGAUAUUGAGCGUGAUAGUUUCACAAUCGCGACUUAUCUUUACCAAGACGUGCUUAGAGACGGGCCAAUCGUGGAGUGGAGAGGAAGAGGAGCUUACGGAACUCACAUGUGGAUUCAUGGAGGCAAGCUUUUCACCAACAUGGAUGCCCAUACUGGACACAGCCAUAUGCAAUUUCAUAUUGCUCCACCAACUAAGAAAUGGUCGUUCUUAGGGAUCAGCUACAGUCAACAAACUGGCAAUUUGGUGAUGUGGGUCGAUGGUAAUGUUGUCAUCAAGAAUGUCGGAGCCAUAGGACUCCGAGACAUGUUGGGUGAUUUGUACGUUGGACUCAGACCGGCAAAUGGUGGGUCCAAAUUCACGGGAAAGCUGGCCGGAACAACGCUGAUGAGAUGUGCAGUCAGUGGUAAGGCCCAGAUCGAGGAACUUAGGAAGCUGAUCAUAAGUAGAGCCAAACCUGCUACAUGUGACACGCAAAUGAAGACCAAGGUAGCUAGUGGAGUGACAUAUACAUUUGCCGGGAUGCAGUAUUACUGCAAGGAUGACGGGAAGUAUGCUGAAGUCAAGAAGGUUGGCAAUUGUGCUAUCCCUUUCAAAUACAAGGGCGUGUGGUACAGUGGAUGCAUCGAUUCAAAACCAUGGUGUUCAAAGGACCACGUGUACACCAAAAACUGGGAAUAUUGUUGAACCCGAACAUAUCGACUAACUUUUCGCAUGGUCUUAGAACCAUUGUACUCCAAUAUGCUACACAAAACUACUAAAAACGCUAUCAACUCUAAAUCUUUCGAUAAUAGUGGAACUUUCUCUUGAUUUUCCGAUGUAAAGAGAAUUGCAUUUUAUUUUACAUCAAUCUUGAUUCUGUGGUUGUAAACAAAGGCGCAUAGUCUUGUCAGGUUCUAAAGAAAUAUUUCAAAGGAUUACUGGUCAGAACACUUUGUAUCCAACUACCAAAGUAAUACUGGUGGAAAAUGUAAUACCAUUGUCUCAUUAAAGACACGCUUUGAGAAUGAAAAAUAUUAAGACAUUAUUGCGAAUAGACGCGACCGACUUUCGCUUACCCGUUUUAGAAUCAGCAGUCAUAGGUGGAAAAUUGAGACGAAGAGGUUUGUUCAACCUAUCAUUCCUCGAGAAAACAGAUUCUGUCAUUUUUGUUCUGCUUCUAAAAAUAUAAACUGUGUUGAAGAUGAAAUCCAUGUUCUUUUAGACUGUCCAAAUUUUCGAAAGGAUAGGGAAUUUUUUAUCGAAAAAUCCAUCCCACAGUACCCUUCCGUCAACCUCCUAUCAAAAAAAUUCAUUUACCUAAUGACUGCUGAGGGUGAUUUACUUCAUAAAGUUUCAAAGUUUUGUGCAAAUAAUUUAUAAGACAAGUGACUUUAUUUCGAUACUGGUAUUUUGAUACACUUUGUUCAUCUUUUAAACUGCUGUAUCAAGUGUGUAUGCACCGUCUCCUCACACGCCGACAGAAGGGGUACAUUCCUAUAGACAGAUCCCCUUUGGUCUUACUCCUCCUCUUAUCAAUAGCUUCGAUAGCUUUCCGCACUCACUUUAUUCUGCUCUCCUCACCGAUGUGAGUUUGCUUAUA